AUGAUGUCGAUUAUACGCACACAUUUCCACCAUGAUCGAACGUACCUUCGCAAAAAUCUGCAGUGGCUUUCCCAAUUCCAGGUGUAUUACAUGGAUCUAGCAACGAUAAACGAAGGUCUGCGUUUCUCCAGGAAAAGAAAGAAAUGGAUUCUUCUCAUAGCAGCGUUAGGGUUUUCAACUUACGGUGCUUAUAAGGUCUGUAAAUCGCCUUCUGUCAUUCAGAAGAGGGAUAGGGUGAUGAAGGUUUUAGGCGCCUUAGCUUCCAUUACCGAAUCUCUCGGUGAUUCCGCCGAGGCAAUAGGAGUGAUUUCCAAGGAUCUGAAAGAGUUUAUACAAUCCGAUUCCGAUCAAAUCCCUAGUAGUUUGAAGCAAGUUUUCAAAAUUACCAAGUCUGACGAGUUCUCGGAGUCAAUUGUUAAGAUUACACGAUCAUUCACCGUGGGGCUUCUACAAGGGUAUCGAGUUGACGCCGGAAAACGUGAUUCAGGUCCAAGUUUUCCCGAUCGAGCUUUGGAUAAGCUGUUAACUCCGGCAGGUUCUGGUUUUGCUUCCGUCAUUGCUGGGAGUUUCGCCAGGAAUCUAUUCAUCGGUGGUUCAAAGAACUCCGGUAGUCCGCUUCAUGAAUGGAUCGAUGUGAUUGCUGAUGACAAAUGUAGGAAGCUAAUCGGUGAUUGUAUUCAGCAGUUCGUGGCCACAAUGGUGACAGUUUAUCUCGACAAAACCAUCGACAUAAACCCCUUCGAGGAGAUCUUAUCAGGUUUGACUAACCCUAAACACGAAGAAAAAGUGAGAAAUCUAUUGGCGUUAAUCUGCAACAGUGCUAUCGAGACUUUCGUCAGAACAUCUCACCAACUCUUGACAGAUUCAAAAUCGAACUCGAACCCUAAACCUUCUUCUACCAUUAGUAAAGUUUUAGAUGGGAAAGAACUAGUGUUGAGUAAACUAAAAGCAAGAAAGAGUAACAUGUCAUCUUCUCUAGCAGUUCCUGGCAACAUAAGGUUUGUUCUUGAUGUGACAGGAAGAGUCACACUUGCAACUGCAAAAUCUUUUCUCCAAUUUUCCUUAGACAAGUUAUCAGAGCGUAUGAAAAGAAGCUAUCAAGAAGCUUACAGGUACUUAAGUGCAAAAUCUUUGAUUGUUAUGACAAUAUUCAUUUCACUGUAUUUGCACCUGUUAAGUGCUCCAUGGAGUUUGGUUUCAUAUUAG